UUUCACGCAUGCAUUUUACGCUUUUUCAGUGUAUUUUUUUUCUCUUUUAGACACACGCACAUAUUCAGUUCAGUAUACUGUACAUAUUCUCUGACUGCAAUGGCUGGUAAGAAGAAAGAAACUAAUUUGCAGGCUUCCGCCACAAACCGAGAGCAAUGGGAGGAGGUUCUUGCAACAAAGGGUUUAACGGUGGUGGACGUGUAUCAGCAGUGGUGUGGUCCCUGUCGAGCAGUGAUCAGCCUCCUACGAAAAAUCAACAAUGAACUCAGUGACGACCUUUUACAUUUCGCCACAGCUGAGGCAGACAGCAUUGAUGCUCUGGAGAAAUAUCGAGGGAAAUGUGAGCCCACCUUCCUGUUCUAUGGGGGUGGCGAGCUAGUGGCUGUGCUGCGAGGGGCCAACGCACCCCUCCUUCAGAGGAUGAUCGUAGACCAACUGGCCAAGGAGAAGUUAAUGCUGGAGCACGGCGGUCAACGUAAAGUGGUUGUCGAUAAUGACCUCCCAGAUGAUGAGAAGAUAGAAGAGCAGGAGGCUCAUCACUAUUCAGAGGAUGGAGAAAGAAUAAUAGUUCCUGCCACUAAGUCCUACACCGUUGCCAUCAUCAAACCAGAUGCUGUUGCUCAUGGCAAGGCUAAUGAAAUCAUUAUGAAGAUACAAGACGCAGGAUUUGAGAUCCUGGCCCAAGACGAACGGACGUUGAGCGAAACCCAAGCGCGAGAAUUCUACCAGCACAAAGACUCAGAGGAUUGUUUCGAAGACCUGGUUCAGUUUAUGUCCAGCGGGCCCUCGCACAUUCUGGUGCUCUCUCGUCUCGAGGAGUCAUCUGACGUGGUGCAAGAUUGGCUCAGCUUCAUUGGCCCUGCGAACAUCGAAGAAGCCAAGCAAGAAAAGCCAGAGAGCUUGCGGGCGCAAUACGGCACGCGCACGCUGUUCAACGCUGUGCAUGGCAGCGAGGACAGGGAUGGGGCCGGGAGGGAGCUUGCCUUCUUCUUCCCUGACUUCAGCACAGUCUCGGGAAAGGCGCAGGAUGCAAGGGAAGAGCCUGCGGAGAGGACGUUGGCUCUCAUCCGGCCUGACGUUGCCAGGGAAAACAGAGAGGAAAUUCUGACCCAUAUGAACAAGUCAGGCUUCAAAGUGUCACUCCAAAGAGAAGUGAUGUUGACAGAAGAGCAAGUUAAAGAGUUUUACGUCCACUGCAACGAGGACGACUACUUCCCUGCACUGCUACAAAGCAUGACGAGAGGGCGGGUGCUUGCUUUGGUGCUUACCAGAGAAGAUGCUGUACAACACUGGAAGAACAUGCUUGGCCCUUCUGAUCUCAAAAAAGCCGCUGAGGAGGAGCCUGAAUGUCUCAGGGCCCGUUAUUAUGUAGAAGGAGAUCCGGUCAACCAGCUGCAUGGAAGUGGGUCUACUGAGGAGGCCUCAAGGGAAAUCAGCUUCUUCUUCCCCAUGCAGCAAACACUGGCUGUCAUCAAACCAGACGGCGUGGAAAAACACAAAAACACAAUUUUGGAGGAGAUCCGCAACAGAGGGUUCUCCAUCACGCGAAUGGAGGAGAAGCUUCUCUCUAAGGAGAAGGCAGAAGAAUUUUGCAAGGAGCAAAGGGAGCGGCCUUUUUUCAACCAGCUGGUGGAGUUCAUGUGUAGUGGUCCCUGUGUGAUGAUGGUCCUGGAAAAGGAAAAUGGAGUGGAGGAGUGGAGGGCCGCCAUGGGUCCCACAGAUCCCGACUGGGCAAAGAGGGAGUUCCCUGACUCUCUGAGGGCCCGCUUGGGUUCCGACGUCCUCCGUAACUCCGUGCACGGCUCCUCGAAUCCGAAGCAUGCCCAGGAAGAGAUCCAGCUCAUCUUUGGUGACACACAAAAAUCAAAUCCUCUUGAUCCAAACACAGAAGUGAAAGAAGGACCAGAAUUAUGUCCCUGAUCAUCAUUGGAAACAACUGCUUUCAACAUGCUUUCCCAUUUAGGAAACAAAUGUGAACAAAGAC